UGAUUGUGCGGCAGAACGCGGAAGUGGUAUUUUCACAAAAUAAACAUGACAGAAGCGAAACUCAGACAGUAAAUUUACGGUUCUUAAAAGUAAGACAAGAAGAGGACAUCUGACCAGAUGCUUAAAAAUGGCAGUAAAUGUGAUAUUCCUCGCGUUGAUUAUGUUUUGUUGUCAGGUCGGUGGUCAGGAGGCGAUUCUACAUGUGUCUAAUGGAUCUACAGUUAGACAAUAUUGUCUGGUGUACAACUCCUCCUGGAGCAACAUCUCACACUCACUUACUGGAGCUCAACCAUACCCAUUAGUGAACCUGACAUCAAGUUUCCUGUGUGAGUUGGGUAAUAUGACCCCAGGCUCUCUUCAGGGCCAGGCUGUAGCGGUCAUGCGAGGGGAGUGUGAAUACAGCACAAAAGCACAAGUCGCUCAUGAACUGGGUGCAGCUGCACUGCUGAUCACCAGCACUAAGAGUAUGUUGACUCCAUCUGCGAACGACUCAGACCAUUUUAAAUUAAAGAUUCCUCUGGCCCUCAUGAGGUAUCGGGAGUUCCUGGAUGCAAUGCAGGUUUUUCCAGAUGGAAUGGAGGUGAGGUUAUACGAUCCACCUGCACCGCUGUUUGAUACCAGCAUCAUCGUUAUGUUAUUGCUCGCUGUGUUUACGGUGGUCAUGGGAGGCUUCUGGAGUGGAGCAGCGGAAAAGAUGAAGCAGAAUGUAGGCCCGUCAGUGGAUAUGAGCGAUGGGAAUUCCGACAGCAGCGAGCUGUCUCUCUACUCUCCUCUCAAAGUUAUGCUGUUUGUGGGCAUGAUGUGUGUGAUGCUGGUGCUCAUGUAUUUCUUCUACCACUAUCUAGUGUAUGUGAUUAUCGUCAUAUUCUGUCUGGCAUCAGCGACAGCGCUCCAUAACUGUUUGGAUUCACUGAUGACAGCUGUGGGCUGUGGAACGCUAAGUGUCUCCUGCAGGGGGAAGACUCUCUCAGUGCGCUCGCUGCUGCUUGCAGCUGUCUGCAUCACACUGGCUGUGAUCUGGGGAGUUUACAGAAACGAUGACAGGUGGAUAUGGAUUCUGCAGGAUUUGUUGGGUGUGGCGUUCUGUUUGAACUUCCUGAAGACCAUUUCCCUCUCAAACUUUAAGAUCUGUGUGAUUCUGCUGAGUCUGCUGCUGCUCUACGACGUCUUUUUCGUCUUCAUCACACCAUUCCUGACGCCUAAUGGAGAGAGCAUCAUGGUGCAGGUCGCUCUGGGCCCGGGUGCAGGUGGAGAAAAGACUGAUGGUUUGGUGGAGAUUCCAGCAGACUUCUCGUCCUCUUAUGAGAAAUUGCCUGUAGUGAUGCGUAUCCCACAGUUCUCUGCAUUGGCUCAGAAUCUAUGUAUGAUGCAGUUCUCCAUCCUUGGCUACGGUGACAUCAUUGUACCAGGGCUGCUGGUUGCGUACUGUCACAGGUUUGAUGUGUGUAUGGGCAACUCCUGCAGAAUUUACUUCAUCUCCUGCGCUAUCGCGUACUUUGUGGGUCUAGUGGUGACAUUUGCAGUGAUGUUGGCGACUAGGAUGGGUCAGCCCGCUCUGCUGUAUCUGGUUCCCUGUACUCUCCUCACCAGCUCCAUUCUAGCGUCUGUCAGGAAGGAGUUCAGACAGUUCUGGAAUGGUAACAAUUACCAGGUACUGGAUGAGUCCAGGAAGCCAUUGUUAUCAGAUGGAAACUCUGGAUAUGCAGGAGAAAGAGAAUGCUGACAGAUCUCAGAUUUAUACAUUUCCUCAAACACACAACAAGGAAAUGCCAACUAAUAAACUUUAUAUUGAUGUGAUGUGAAUGUUGUGAGUGUUUCAGACUGAUGAAACUCUUUACACUGAAUCUGUCCAUUACAUCGCUGCAAACUGAGAUACUUUUCGACACUUUCCACACAUUUGACUAUUAACACAUUAAAUUGACUAAUGAAAAUGAAUCUAUAAGGAGCCUUAAAUCUUUGCAUCAACCUGCUGUUUGCUUUAACUUUCACUUUUUUUACAUGAUCAUUUUGUAUCAUAUUGCUUGGAAUUUUUCACAAUAUAGUAAUGAAUAGUUCAUGUUUUUUUCCUCUGUGAUGAAUUAAUAAAAUACAAUGACAACAAAACUGACUCUUUAAAUGACUG